CUACGCUAGCUCGCAUAGGCGCGCCGGCGCGCGCGAGGUCGCUACGGUGCUUAGACGUUUCCUGCGUCAGUUUCAAGAACGCUGAGACAGUUAAAAGCCCCGCCGACCAUCGCUACGGCCGCUGCGACCUCUGUGAGCCAGCACCCGCAAAGCUGCCAAGCAGAGCCAUGGCUCCGCGCCUCCUCGCCCUCGCCGCGCGCGCAUUGGUAAGGACGAGCACGACGCAACUGAGAGCUGUGAGCACCGAGACGCUGGCGGAAAGAGCCAAGCUCGCGGUGUUAGAUCCGCAGCGCAACGCCGUCAUCGAAGCACUGACAACAACGAACCGACCCCUGCUGGGCCUCUUCAACGACAUCCCCCGGCACCAGUUGCGGGAGAGCGACGCGCGGGCCUGGGCUUUGGCCGGGUUCGAAUUUGUGGUCAACGAUGGGGAACACUCCGGCAAUGAUUUACUUUAUGGAAGGGAGGAGAACGCGAUGCUGCAGCGGUACGGUUUGACGCCAAUACAACGGCUGCCGCGCGAGGCGACCUCGGCACACGGCGACGCGCUGGCGUGCGGCGCGCGCGGCACGAUGCGGCCGUACGCGCUGACGCUGGACGACGCGACGACGUACGUCGAGGCCAUGGAUUUUCCGGUCGGUGAGGGUCCGCGGCGCCACGCGCGCGGCGCCUACCCCGUGCGUCACGGUGAUGGCGCCAUGACCUUCACGCCCGACUCGCUGCGGGAGGCGGAAGCUGACAGGACGCUGGCCUGCCUCCAGUUCGAGACGGAGGAGUAUUUGUUCGAUGAAGGUUUGAGACGAUCCGUACUCAAAGUGCUAUCAACGCGCGGCAACGCGUGCGCAUUCGUCGGGGCCCUCGACGCGGCGACGCGGUGCGGAGACGCGGCGCGCGUCUCAAAGGGCGUCGCCGAGUUGUGCCGCGAUGCUAAUGAAGAGGGCGUGGCCGUCGGCGGCGUCGUGGGCGGCGACGCGGCCAACGUCCUUAGACACAUGGAGCUCGGCCUGCGCCUCAUCGCGCCGCCGGUGUUUGCCUCCGACUUCGCGCUCCGCGGGGCGGUCGACGCGGCGGAGGCGUUCCACGAAGCGGCCGCGGCGUUUAAUAGUAGUUAGUAGUUAGCACACUAAAACGGGGCAGUAGCCGCCACGAGGCGGGGACUGCGUUCAAUAGGAGUAGCAGUACACAAACGGGGCCCGUCGGGGGGACUUUGGGACAA